CAGCAACGUCAGUGACAAAAUCCGGGCUGUUUUACUCGCGUCAAGUCCACGAGGCAGAAAAGAGGAUCGAUAGAUCCACGCGCGAGGAGAAAGUUAUUACAUACCUACCUGCCUGUGUUCUGCCUUGCCUGCCUGCCUGCCUGCCUGCCUGUCUACAUUCGCCAGCCAGAUCGCCUAUCUUGCCCGUCUUGGCUGCCUGCCUGUUCGCUAUCGCCGCGGAAUCCUUUGGUCGAUCAUCUCUCGGCAUUGUACCAGGCGAACUAUUCCGAGAGAGAGAUGGUGGAGGUGCUGUUUGAUCGAGUCGACGGCCAGGAGGUAGCCGUGGCCCCCGAGUCGGAUUGUAUACCGGAAUCGCCAACCGAAUGCUCGCCGAAACGUGAGAACUCGCCGGUCAACGAGAAGCUGUCGUCGGUCCAGGAGUUCUACAACGGCCAAUCCGUCUUCAUCACCGGCGGCACCGGCUUCAUGGGCAAGCUGCUGAUCGAGAAGCUGCUCAGGGCGUGUCCGGGAAUCGCAACCAUCUACCUGCUGGUGCGCCCGAAGAAAGGCAAGGACGUUCACCAACGCACCGAGGAGAUCUUUGACGAUCCGCUAUUUUUAAAGCUGAAGGACGAUCAGCCCAAGUUCCGGCAUCAGAUCGUUGCGAUCGCAGGCGACUGCAGCCAACCGAGUCUCGGUAUGUCCUCGCAGGAUCGGGACAUCCUCAUCCGGGAAGUGUCGAUCGUCUUCCACGUGGCGGCCACGGUCAGAUUCGACGAGAAACUGAAACUAGCGAUGGCCAUUAACGUGAGGAGCGCCAGGGACAUUCUGCAUCUCUGCAGAGAGAUCACAAAUUUGAAGUCAUUCGUGCACGUAUCGACCGCGUACGCAAACUGUCCGCAAGCUGUAAUCGAGGAGAAGUUUUACGACCCGCCAUUCGAUUCCGACAAAUUGAUGGCGGUAAUGGAGUGCAUGGACGACAAGUUGGUCGAAGACAUCACUCCGCAAUUGUUAGGGAAAUGGCCGAACACCUACGCCUACACGAAAGCCAUAGCCGAGCAUGCGAUCAAGAAGCACUCCGAGGACCUGCCGGUCGGCAUUUUUCGUCCUGCUAUCGUAGUCUCCACGUACCGGGAACCGGUGCGGGGUUGGAUCGACAAUAUGUACGGGCCAACGGGGGUGGCCGCUGGCGCCGGCACCGGGUUGCUACGAUCGAUCCACUGCGAUGGCUCCGUGCACGCGAACGUGGUGCCUGCCGAUUUAACAGUGAACGCGCUAAUCUUGUGUGCGUGGGACACAGCGAACAUUCACAGACUGAACAAUAAGACAAGCGGCGAGAUUCCGAUUUACAAUUACGUCUCGACCGACAAUCCAAUCACUUACGAUCAGCUGAAGGAGAUGUCGGCCAAGUACGGCCUCGAGAUUCCCUCCAACCGGGCGAUUUGGUAUUACAGUUUCCGCAAUAACAAGUACAAGAUAGUCCAUCUGUUCUUCGUGUACUUCAUGCACCUGCUGCCGGCUCUGUUAGUCGACACCGCCACCAUUUGCAUGGGCAGACAACCCAAGUUACUCAAGGUUUACAAGAAGAUACACAAGUUCCUGGACGUACUCAAAUAUUUCUGCACGCAAGAGUGGACAUUCACGAACGAUCAGCUGCGCGCAAUGAUGAGCAAGCUCUCAACCAAGGAUCGAGACAAUUUCUACUGCGACAUACAGGACGUCGACUGGAACGUUUAUUUCGAGACGUAUAUCCAAGGGAUCCGCGUGUACCUGAUCAAGGACCCCCUGGAGACGCUGCCGCAGGCGCGCGCCAAAUGGCAAAGAUUGUACUGGAGUCAUCAGGUGCUGAAAGUCAUACUGGCCUACUUCGUCAUCAGGUUUUCGUGGGCUGCCGUUUCCCCGUUCCUCGUGUACUUGAACUACGUGUGAUAGGAACGGGCAGAAGGAAAGGAGUAGGUAGAUAGGGCCCGGGGCGAGCACGUUGUCCUGGGAAACGUGGGAAUAGUCGGUGGAGGAUGAUCUUCUUCGAGUUGUGCAAAGUGAAGAGAAACGACAAUGGAUUCUCGAGACGGACAACACGGGAAAAGGAAGAACGGCGAAGAGGAAGAACGGUAGAGCGAAUUCGAACGGGCCGUAACUUCGCAUGCUCGCAGAGUUGCCGGAUGCCUUACACGUGGCGCGGAGAGAUUGCUUCUUUUUAAGUACACAGAGAGAGAGAGAGAGAGAGAGAGAGAGAGAGAGAGAGAGAGAGAGAGAGGUGGGCGAAAUGCAAAUGAGGACGGACAGGUAGCACUGAAACGGCAAUAAAAACGCGCGGAAAUUCGAUCAUACUGUUCUUGGCUUCGAGUUCAGUUCUCGCGAAUGUGAACUGUGAGUGAGAACCACAAGUUACCUUGUUUCCAAAGUAGAUUUUAUAGAUUGUUCCCGGAGAGGGAGAGGAGAAAAGAAAGAUGGAGAGAAAGAGAAUAGUUCAACUGAUGUGCGUACGUGAAAUAUAUCGGGUAUUGUGCUACAAUUAGCGACAUUAGCGCGUAAAUUAAUCACAGGAUCGACGGGGUUCUCCAGCGUUUAUAUUUCACGCGGUAAUGGCGGCCUGUGGCUCCGUGGUAUCGCGCUCUCACAUAAAAUUUCUCUCGAGAAGAAUUUCUCUGACCUGUGAUUACCCAACAGCUUCGGCAAAAGAAGAGAAAGGUGAGGAAAACUCGGCGGAGGUCGGUGGAAACGCGAAGAAAAGCGGCGCGAGCAUAACGAGAACGGUCCCGAUGGAAAGUGUGAAGUAAUCCGCGGCGUAAUAAAUCGAAACGUCGAGAAUCGAAGAGCGCGAGCUUCAAAACCACCUCCCCGCAGCUGCGAACAAGAGGAGAGGAGGGAAAUUACUGUUGGCCGGCUCGUUCGAGCCGAAUGCCUUGCCUCAGAGUGAAAUUCACUCGAGGAGACGCUCGUGACAUUGAGUUCUCAUUCCGCGCGACGGCCCAUUGAUCUCGAUACUCGACGCGGCAUCGAGAUCGCGGAGUAAAAGCAAUCUCGGCUGAUCCGAGAGAGUUUACCGGAACGGGUCGUACCGGCGAGAGAGGCGAGAAAGUGAGAGCGCCGAUGAACGAGCCGUUAAUUUACGCAACUUCGACCGAGCCCGCGGUCACGCUUUUGCCUCUGUCGUUAACGUACUUAUUUCACGAAUCAGCAUUUCGCGCAACGGCUGUUUCACGGGAGGAGAGAAAGGGGAGAAGAAAUGCUUUAACGAGUUGUCCCGCGAAUAAGAAGGAAGAAAGACAGAAAGAGAGAGAGAGAGAGAGAGAGAGAGAGAGAGAGAGAGAGAGAGAGA